AUGGAAAUGGAUAUCAGCUUUAACCGGUCUAAUGUUUUUACUGAGAUUCAUCCCUGCUAUAAGAUAGAUCUGUUUCAUGUGCUGAGAAGCAAUCCUUCUGCAGUAUGUGUAUUGUUUAAUGUUUUUCUGGGCUCAUUAUCUGUUGUUACUGUUUGUGGAAACCUCCUUGUCAUAAUCGCCAUCAUUUACUUCAAACAGCUCCACACACCCACUAACUCUCUCAUCCUCUCUCUGGCUGUGGCCGACCUGCUUGUCGGUGUUGUAGUAUUUCCUCUCACCAUUGAAUUUUCUAUCACCUUUUGUCUUUUCUACGAUGACUUGUUUUGCAAAGUCCGUGGCACCUUCGAUGUGUCGCUGUGCACAUCCUCUAUUCUGAACUUGUGUUGUAUUUCUAUUGACAGAUACUAUGCAGUGUGUCAGCCUCUGAGCUACAAAACUAAGAUAAAUGACCAUGUUGUUGUGACCAUGAUCCUGGUGAGCUGGGGCCUGUCUGUCCUAAUUGGGCUUAGCUUCAUCAUUGCAGGAAUAAACCAUGAAAAUUGUACUGAAAUGUGUAUCACUGAUGUUGUGUUGGCGAACAUUAUGGGACUUUUUUUCUCAUUUUACCUCCCAGUUGUUGUAAUGCUCUGCAUCUACAUGAAGAUUUUCAGUGUUGCACAGAGACAGGCGCGCAGCAUCCACAACAUAAAGUGUCAGAGCACAAAGUCCGGAACAGACUUCAGUAAGAUGGAGAGGAAAGCCACUAAAACUCUGGCUAUUGUCAUGGGAGUGUUUUUGUUGUGUUGGCUUCCUUUCUUCCUCUGUACAACUGUUCUGUCCUUCAGUCAAGUUUAUGUGCCACUUCCUCUGAUUGAACUACUUAACUGGCUGGCUCUGUCUAAUUCCAUGUUAAAUCCCUUUAUCUAUGCAUUCUUCUACAGCUGGUUUCGAUCGGCUUUCAGAAUGAUCAUUUCAGGAAAAGUGAUUCAAGGUGAUUUUACAAACUCAAAACUGCACUGA